AUGGUGUCCUACCUGGAGGAGUUCCCACGCCUGGUUCACUUCAUCUACGUGGACCGAGCGGCUGGCCAGAUGAUCGCCCCGUCCCUCAACACCACCGAGCCGCGCUCCACCAGCUCUGAGCUGGGCAAGGGGCCGCUGGCACACUUCAUCAAGAACACGGAAUUAUACUGCUACUUCCUGUGGUUCGAGAAUGAGACGGGCUACAAGCUGGACGUGGUGGACAUCCCCGCGCUGCCUGACGACUCGGCCCCCAUCGGGAUGCUGGCCUGGGACGACUACAGGAAACUGCUGCGAUACUACAGCAAGAGUCACUCCAGUGAGGUGGUGAAGUGCUACGAGCUGCUCACCGUGCACCUGGGCGUUAUUCCCACAGAGCAUACAGUACUGCAACACUGCAGCCAACUGGCACGCAAGCUGUCGGAGCCCUCACGCAUACCACUACUGUGA